CCUCAGCCGGUUGGACCCGCCACGACGAUCUGUAUAACAUUAUUGGACAACCUCAAUAUUGAACUUCGCCCAAGAUGUGGAUGCUUAAUUGGUUCUGGGACAUCCUCUCGCAGCUAGGGCUGACACACAAGAGUGCAAAGCUCCUGUUCCUUGGUCUCGACAAUGCUGGAAAGACGACCCUCCUGCACAUGUUGAAGAAUGACAGGUUGGCCACACUUCAACCGACUCUUCAUCCGACCUCUGAAGAAUUGGCUAUUGGCAACGUCAAAUUCACGACGUACGAUCUUGGAGGACAUAUGCAAGCUCGUCGGCUGUGGCGAGAUUACUUCCCAGAGGUUGAUGGAAUCGUCUUCCUGGUGGAUUCAGCAGAUACUGAACGGUUCCCAGAGAGCAAAGUCGAGCUCGACUCGUUGUUGGGCAUUGAGUCCCUCGCCACCGUCCCUUUCCUGAUUCUCGGCAACAAGAUCGACGCGGUCGGUGCUGUCUCGGAGGAAGAAUUGAGGCACCAACUCGGAAUGUUCCAGACGACCGGCAAGGGCAAGAUUCCUCUCAAAGAUAUCCGCCCGAUCGAAGUCUUCAUGUGUUCAGUAGUUAUGAGGCAAGGUUACGGAGAGGGAUUCCGAUGGUUAUCCCAAUACAUUUGAGACUUAGAGUGCCAAUGCCUUUCAUAUUUUUUAAUGCCGCGGACGACACCCUCUCUCUUGCCUCUCCCUAUCUGCAUGUUACAGCGUUUCU